AUGGGAGCGGGAGCCUCCCGGUCGAUUCCAGAUGCGGCGUGCUGCAAGGCCACGGUCUCGAAGAUCGCAAUCGAAAGCUGCGAUGCAGGACCUCCCCAGCCACGCCUGGAGAACGAGGAGGAGCAAGGACAGCUCCAGCCACAAGAGUCGGGCGUGGACCCUUCAGAGCUUGAAGUCAAGGUCAAGCUUCGUGAGAGGAGUUCCACUGCUUCACUUAGCGCGCUGGGCCGCCACGUGUGCCGAACACACUCCGAGGUGGACACGGAAAUCGCUCGGGGAAUCAGUCUCCGCCGGUCUCUGGCCAAUUUCGGGCGCGUCUGGCGCUAUGAUCCCAAGACCUGGACGCUGGAGGAGCGCAUGAGCCUCUACCAGCUUUCCAAGAAGGUGCCCAAAUUUCAGAUGUUCAUCUCCCAUACCUGGUGGACACCUGGCAGGUGGAAGGUUCUCUCCCUGUCCUUUCAGUGCGGCUGGCACUACGUCUUGAUUUGCUGGUUCUGUGCCAUCAUUCUCAGCGCCGUCCUCUGCAAAGCAGGCGUGCUCCCAAUGCCUUUCAAAUACCAGGCGCGAAUCUUUGGCUUUAACGAGCUCUGCCCGAUGGGCUUUUGGGUGCUGGCUACCGGCUUCUUGGCCACCGUGCUGAGUCUGGCAUCAGUCUCCAUCCUGCCCCACAGGUGCCACGGCAACGACAUGAGCUUCAUUGACGUUACAAGCAUCCACCAGGUGGACCACAUGUUGAUGGAGCGUGGGGUCUACGGAAUUGCUGGGUUUUUGAGCAUCUCAUCCGAGCUGCGAAUAUUGUGGAGUUCACCGUACUUGUCGAGGCUAUGGUGUGUCUUCGAGCUUGCAGCAUACAAGAAGGUGAAUCCGGAGGGGCGUAUCACAUUCCGACCGCUCUUCAUCGAAAGGGUCGUGGCGGUGAUGAUGGCUUCAACCUAUAUCUUCGGAAUGGUUUUUCUGAUUCUACGAGACCUCCUCGGUCCGGGGAUCAUUAUGUUUACAUUCUCCUUCGCCAUGUGGGUGGUUCCGUACACCGUCGGUAUUUAUUUGCUUCGAAUGAACUUCCGGGAGAAGCACCAGCUGAUCUCCCAGCUGGCCACCUUCGACUUGGAGAACGUUAAUUGCGCGGAGCAGUUUGAUCGUGAAUUCAUCUACUCUGCCAUCGAGAAGUGGUAUGGCAGCAAGAGGGCCUUCACCCACUUCGUGCGACACGAUUUGAGGCGAGAAUUGGAGCAGAGAUUCUUCGCCACGCGCCUUCCCAGGAGGUACUUGCUACUGCUGCUUACCCCGCUCUUCAGCGUGGAGACCGAGUUCUUCCUGGCCAACUGGAGGGGCGGCGCACCCUUUGACUGUCUGCUUUCCUUCGCAGUGGGCGUCCUCAUCGCCUAUGACAUCUUCUUUAUUCUGGCCUGUUCCCUUCUGAUGGUCACCCUUUGCGACGUCUUGGCUCCGAGGCGCUUCGGCUGCCUGGACCACCUGCAGACCUUGCUCGUGAUCCUCGUUGUAGUGGGACUCCUAGGAUUCGGUCUGCAGGUCUCCUCGCAGGCGUACCAAGACAGCGUCGCCGGUGCCUUCAUCUUCCUGGCCAUCUCCGUGGUGUUUGCCGCCCUGAUGUGGUGGUUGGAAGGAAAGUCCCGAUGUGACCGAAAGCUCUCGGAUGUGGAUCACAAAGCGCACGCUCUAGAGGUGGAAGAGGAGGAGUCCAACCCAUGA